AUUAGUUCGAAACAUUUCUCUGCGGAAGGCAAUAAAAAAACUGUCAUAAUGACGCGUGGAGAUUGCUUGUUGCUAUUCUGUGUACUUGUCGCAAGUGUUGUUGUUGUAAUUUUCAAACUCGAAAAUCAUUUAUUUGUCGCUUGUUGUUCAAUGGGAAUUGAAAGAAAUUGAGCUUAAUUCAGUAUAUUCUAUCUUGACUGAUGGAUCCUUCUGCAGAAAAGAUACGUGGUUAUCAUCAGAUUACCGAUAAUUCUUAUAUUUAUAUACUUAUACUCCAUACUUCGUCUCGUUCGUAAAGAUACUAUAAAUGUAAUUCAACGACGAAAGAUAUUCCUUCAUCUUGUAUGGGCAAAAAUUCGUACGUUAAUUACGACAGUUAACCUCAAAAUGAGUUACAACAAAAAGGUGUCGUAUUUCUAUAAUCCGGACGUAGGGAACUUUCACUAUGGGCCUGGGCAUCCGAUGAAACCUCACCGACUCGCUGUGAUCCACAGUUUGGUGUUGAAUUACGGAUUGCACAAGAAGAUGCAGAUCUAUCGUCCGUAUCGCGCGAGUACUCACGACAUGUGUCGCUUUCACUCAGACGAGUACGUCGAGUUUCUACAGAGGGUGACCCCGCAAAACUUGCAAGGAUACACGAAGUAUCUGAGCCACUUCAACGUAGGCGACGACUGCCCUGUCUUCGAAGGACUAUUCGAUUUCUGUUCUAUGUAUACAGGCGCCUCGUUGGAAGGUGCUACCAAGCUGAAUAACAAUUGCUGCGACAUCGCUAUUAAUUGGAGCGGAGGGCUGCACCAUGCGAAGAAGUUCGAAGCUUCUGGCUUUUGUUACAUCAAUGACAUUGUCAUAGCCAUUUUAGAAUUGUUGAAGUACCAUGCCAGAGUAUUAUAUAUAGAUAUAGAUGUCCACCAUGGCGACGGAGUACAAGAAGCAUUUUAUCUCACGGAUAGAGUAAUGACCGUGUCUUUUCACAAAUAUGGAAAUUAUUUCUUUCCUGGUACAGGAGAUAUGUACGAAAUUGGAGCAGAGAGUGGACGGUAUUAUUCCGUUAAUGUACCAUUGAAGGAAGGCAUUGACGAUACAUCGUAUGUUCAAGUAUUCAAGCCCGUUAUAUCCCACGUAAUGGAGUUCUUUCAACCGACUGCUAUAGUCUUGCAAUGUGGAGCAGACUCACUCGCGAAUGAUCGUCUUGGCUGCUUUAGUUUGAGCACAAAAGGUCAUGGGGAAUGUGUGAAAUUCGUGAGAGACCUGAACAUACCUUUGCUCACCGUUGGAGGAGGAGGAUACACACUGCGCAAUGUCGCGCGUUGCUGGACCUAUGAAACUUCUUUGCUCGUUGAUGAGCAGAUUAGUAACGAGCUGCCUUAUACGGAGUAUCUGGAGUACUUCGCUCCAGACUUCACAUUACAUCCUGACGUUGUAACGAGACAGGACAAUGCAAACAGUAAACAGUAUUUAGAGGCAAUUACGAGACACGUGUAUGAUAACUUAAAAAUGAUCCAACACUCUCCAAGUGUCCAGAUGCAGGAUGUGCCGUGCGAUGCAUUGCCACCAGAAGAAGAAAGGCAACCAGAACCUGAUCCAGACUCCAGGCAAAAUGCACAAGACGCUGACAAGUUAGUUGAACCGGCUAACGAGUAUUAUUCAGGAGAAAAAGAUCAGGAUAAGAUGGAUGUAAGUGACUCGUGAUAAAGGACCGGAUAGAUUAGACAAAAUUUGCAAAAUAAAAUAAUUUGAUAAGAUAUUGAAUUAUAUGCACAUGAUUAAGUAUAAAAUGACUGAAAACUAAUUUCUUCGGAUGCGAAUGACUGUAAAUAUUAUAUACAAAAUUUGUAAAUAUUGUGUCAAUCUUAUUAAACAGAAUUAUUUCUUAACUUGUGUAUCUGCCAACUUCCUGUCGUAAACAAAGAUGAAACGGCCUCUUAAAUGGUCAUUAGGCAAGUUUAUUGUUUUAUGUCAGACAGCAUAUUGUCUACAAUGGUACAACAAUGACGAUGAGGAUGAUAUAAUAGUAGCAAUAGUAUUAAUAGUAGUAAUAAUAGUAAUUAUAAUAAUAAUAAGAGCAAUAACGAUAACGCUUCUCUAUCUCUGUUUCGGAGCUAUUUUUCGCUAUAUCACAGAGAACACAAUCUUCAUGAAUAUUUUCGUUCGUUUCUUACUACAUACGGAAAGUAGAACUUAAACGAUGCUUCUCCAUCUCUCUAGUAAAUUUGCUGCUCGGCUUUUAAUAUAUAUACUAAAACAUGACUAAUGCAAUAAAUUAGGUCUUCUUUUUUUUUUUUUCUUCUUUUUAAAUUAAGGCGCUUCGUUCUGUACAUCCAUUCGUAAAACUUUACAAAAGUUUCUCGAAAAAUAAUACAAGUACAAAAAUACUCACAGUAUGAGAGGAACGGAAAUAUUUACCUCGACACCUGUGUUAGUUACAAAAAAUGCAAGGCUUACACGAUCGAUAGAAAAAACCCUCUUGCAUGUAAUAGAAUUAAUGCGUUGGCUUUGCCAAGGAGGCACUGAAACAUACAUAUAAUAUACAUUCUCACGCACAAGAAGACUCGAUAAAGCUUGCAUUUUUCUAUAUUCCUUUUCUUUUUCUCCUGCAGUAGCAUGUCGCACUCUGGUUACUUUCUCUCUUUCUCUCUCUCUAUAAAUCCCUGCCUCUAUUUCUUUGUCUCCAAUUCUUAACAUAUAUAUAUGUAUAUAUAAUAUAUGAUGUAUAUUAAAAACAUUCAGUCUCAUAGUAAAAAGCAAUUCCAUUUGGUGUUAGGUUUAUAUGUCCCGUCGAAAUCCACUCUCGCGGCAUGCACAGGCAUUAGGCAUAGGCAGUGCUAUAUCCAUUGAUCCUUGAAAGUAAAAAACAAA